CUAACCACUCAGUUCUAACCACUAAGCCAAACUGGCCAAGGGCCUCAGUUGAUUUUUGAAGGAAUAAAUCUUCUGGAAUAAUUCUGACCUAGUGUUUGAUCACUUCUGAUUUGGGCUGAAGACAGUAACUGCACUUACACUGGGUUUGCCUGCGAUGAUAUUUCAUUCUCUCCAGUUAAAAGACAUCCUUUCUGAGCUGCUGUGAAUAAAUUUGGAAUGAUACUGUAUAUUCUCAUCUAAUGGAGGAUUAGCUGUACCUUGAAUAAGGAUUGCUGCACUGGACAACUUCAGAAUAUUACUCACAAUGUCAUCGAACAGGAGUCAAAAUCCCCACGGACUGAAGCAGAUUGGCCUUGACCAGAUCUGGGACGACCUCCGAGCCGGAAUCCAGCAGGUGUACACCAGACAGAGUAUGGCGAAGUCCAGAUACAUGGAGCUCUACACUCACGUUUAUAACUACUGCACGAGUGUCCACCAGUCAAACCAAGCUCGAGGGGCUGGUGUCCCCCCUUCUAAAUCGAAAAAGGGGCAGACGCCCGGGGGAGCUCAGUUUGUUGGCUUGGAAUUAUACAAACGACUUAAAGAAUUUUUGAAGAAUUACUUGACAAAUCUACUUAAGGAUGGAGAAGACUUGAUGGACGAGAGUGUGCUGAAGUUCUACACGCAGCAGUGGGAAGAUUACCGGUUCUCCAGCAAAGUCCUGAAUGGAAUUUGUGCCUACCUCAACAGACAUUGGGUUCGUCGUGAAUGCGACGAAGGGCGAAAAGGAAUAUACGAAAUCUAUUCUCUCGCAUUGGUGACUUGGAGAGAUUGUCUGUUCAGGCCCUUGAACAAACAGGUGACCAAUGCUGUUUUAAAACUGAUUGAAAAGGAAAGAAAUGGUGAAACCAUCAAUACAAGACUGAUUAGCGGAGUUGUACAGUCUUACGUGGAAUUGGGGCUGAAUGAAGAUGAUGCGUUUGCAAAGGGCCCUACGUUAACAGUGUAUAAAGAAUCCUUUGAGUCCCAGUUUUUGGCCGACACAGAGAGAUUUUAUACCAGAGAGAGCACCGAGUUCCUGCAGCAGAACCCCGUCACCGAGUACAUGAAGAAGGCGGAGGCCCGUCUGCUCGAGGAGCAGCGGAGAGUGCAGGUCUACCUUCACGAGAGCACCCAGGACGAGCUGGCGAGGAAGUGCGAGCAGGUGCUCAUCGAGAAGCACCUGGAGAUUUUCCACACUGAGUUUCAGAACUUGCUGGACGCUGACAAGAACGAAGAUUUGGGUCGCAUGUAUAAUCUUGUAUCUCGGAUCCAGGAUGGCCUAGGAGAAUUGAAAAAACUUCUAGAAACACACAUUCACAAUCAGGGUCUUGCAGCAAUUGAAAAGUGUGGAGAAGCUGCUUUAAAUGACCCCAAGAUGUACGUGCAGACAGUGCUGGACGUGCAUAAGAAGUACAACGCCCUGGUCAUGUCAGCGUUCAACAACGACGCGGGCUUCGUGGCCGCCCUGGACAAGGCUUGUGGACGCUUCAUAAACAACAACGCCGUCACCAAGAUGGCUCAGUCGUCCAGUAAGUCCCCCGAGCUGCUGGCCCGGUACUGCGACUCCCUGCUGAAGAAGAGCUCCAAGAACCCAGAGGAAGCAGAACUGGAAGACACACUCAACCAAGUGAUGGUCGUCUUCAAGUACAUAGAGGACAAGGACGUGUUUCAGAAGUUUUACGCGAAGAUGCUGGCCAAGAGACUCGUGCACCAGAACAGUGCGAGCGACGACGCCGAAGCAAGCAUGAUCUCCAAACUGAAGCAAGCGUGUGGGUUUGAGUACACCUCUAAACUUCAGCGGAUGUUUCAAGACAUUGGCGUGAGCAAAGAUUUGAACGAGCAGUUCAAAAAGCACCUGACGAAUUCAGAGCCGCUGGACUUGGACUUCAGUAUCCAGGUGCUGAGCUCCGGCUCGUGGCCGUUCCAGCAGUCUUGCACCUUCGCCCUGCCGUCCGAGCUGGAACGCAGCUACCAGCGCUUCACCGCCUUCUACGCCAGCCGGCACAGCGGCAGGAAGCUCACGUGGCUGUACCAGCUGUCCAAAGGAGAGCUGGUCACUAACUGCUUCAAGAACAGGUACACUUUGCAGGCGUCUACGUUCCAGAUGGCGAUCCUGCUUCAGUACAACACGGAGGAUGCGUACGCGGUGCAGCAGCUGACGGACAGCACCCAGAUCAAAAUGGACAUUUUGGCGCAAGUCCUACAGAUUUUAUUGAAGUCGAAGUUACUGGUCUUGGAAGACGAAAAUGCAAAUGUUGAUGAGGUGGAGCUGAAGCCAGAUACCUUAAUAAAGUUAUAUCUUGGUUAUAAAAAUAAGAAGUUAAGGGUUAACAUUAAUGUGCCAAUGAAAACCGAACAGAAGCAGGAACAAGAAACCACACACAAGAACAUCGAGGAAGACCGCAAACUGCUGAUCCAGGCGGCGAUCGUGAGGAUCAUGAAGAUGCGGAAGGUCCUGAAGCACCAGCAGCUGCUGGGGGAGGUGCUCACGCAGCUGUCCUCGAGGUUCAAGCCCCGGGUGCCAGUCAUCAAGAAAUGCAUUGACAUUCUGAUCGAGAAAGAGUAUUUGGAGCGAGUCGAUGGUGAAAAGGACACCUACAGUUACUUGGCUUAACCCUCGUAGGGGUCUGCCUGCUGCCGCAGCGGUGUCCUGGGGCAGGACAGCCAGUCCCAGCAGCCGCCGCCGCCACCGGCCCCUUCUCACUGGAGACCAAGACUCCCAUCAGCCGACUCAGAUGUACAUCAGAACUGCUCAGGAUCGAUACAUUUCAAGUCUGUAAAUAUGGACACCGACGCCAUUUACCCUAAUUUAAGAACAGGGGAGACUCAUGCUGAGGCUGCAUGCUACUGCAUCUCAUCCACCGGGCCGCGCCCAGGCUGCCUCUCCGCAGCACGGGGUGCGGCAGCACUUGGAGAGGAGUGAGUGGAUCCGCGUGUAAUCUGCUCUGAAAACCCAUUUGUAUAGUGUGUUUCAUUUUCUAAUGUGUGAAAAUAAAGAAAAUUAAAGGAUUUCUGUACAAGUUGCAUUUGGUUUUGUUUUCAGUUUUACUAAUUUCUAUAUGUAAAUAAAAGAAUGGUUGUGCAA